UUGCACCAUCCCUGCUGCACUGAGCUGGGAGCAAAAGUUGGUUUGAAAGUGCUGCUGUAGUAACAUUUUCCAGGAUCAUGUCUCCACGUGUUUGUGCAGCAGCUCCACCUCGUGCUCAGAACCACCUCAUUUUUCGCUUGAGCAGUGGACGGUUUCUUUCACUAUUGGAUAGCAAAAUGGCUCAACAACCUUUGUGGGACCAGAUCGGCAGAGGUUUUGUGCAGCACUAUUAUCAACAGUUUGAUCGAGACCGAACUCAGCUCGGCACUCUAUAUAGCGACUGUUCGUGCUUAACGUGGGAAGGACAACCUUUCCAGGGAAAAGCUGCAAUAAUGGAGAAAAUAUCUGGUCUACCGUUCCAGAAAAUUCAGCACAACAUUACAGCCGAGGAUCAUCAACCAGCGCCGGACAACUGUGUUCUUUGCAUGGUGGUAGGACAGCUGAAGGUGGACGAUGACCCAGUGAUUGGCUUUCAUCAAUUAUUUCUUCUGAAAAAUGAUAACGACAAGUGGAUCUGCACAAAUGAUAUGUUUAGAUUGGCUCUACAUAACUUCUGUUAGGUUGAUUUUAUUUUUAAAAACAUUUUGGUUGACUUUAACUUGGUUUCAACUGACGUUGUAGUGGAACGAUGUAUUGACAAUUACAUUACUGUAGUAGGGGACCAAUGUCAUUAAGUAAAUCCGUUUAAUACAGUGUUCGGCUCUGAACUUUUUCCAAUCUCAUUGAGUCAUAGAGUGAUACAGUGUUUAAACAGGCCUGUUGGCUCAACUAACCCACUCCGCCCAACAUGUCCCAUCUACGCUAGUCCCACCUACACGCAUUUUUGUCCAUAUCCCUCCAAACCUGCCUUAUCCAUGUGCUUGUCUAACUGUUUCUGAAACGUUGGCAUAGUCCCAGCCUCAACUACCUCCUCCGGCAGUUCGUUCCAUACACCCACCACCCUUUGUGUGAAAAAGUUACCCCUCAGAUUCCUAUUAAAUCGUUUCCCCUUCACUUUAAACAUGUGUCCUCGAGUCCUCGAGUCACUUACUCUGGGCAAUAGACUCUGUGCAUCUAUUCCACUCAUGAUCUUAUACAUCUCUAUAAGAUCACCCCUCAUCCUCCUGCGCUCCAAGGAAUAGAGUCCCAGCCUACUCAACCUCUCCCUGUAGCUCAGUCCUGGCAGCAUCCUCGUAAAUCUUCUCUGUACCCUUUCCAGCUUGACAUCUUUGCCGUAACACGGUGCCCAGAACUGAAUACGAUACUCUAAAUGCGGCCUCAUCAACGUCUUAUCCAACUGCAACAUGACCUCCCAACUUCUACACUCAGCAGUCUGUUCAGCAAUCCAAGAAACUGAGGCAUUGUCAGCACUUCACCAGCGGGUUAGAAUGCCAUCCUUUUGUACGUUUUUUUGUAAAAAAUAUAUACUUUUCAGCAUCAGUUGAAAACUUGACAAGACCUUUUAGUCAUGAAGGACAUUUACGGAAAGUCGCUGAUCAAUUCACGAACUUCGUCAAUUUGACGAGUUCCUUGAACCUGUUUUCCAUGUUUGGGAUUAUAAAAUGUUCUGAGAUGUUAGUGUUUUCAUAAUGUAAUUUGGAAUAAAAGUAACAUUAGUAAAUGC